AUGCAAGAGCAAUUGGGCUUAACACCACCUUUAAUGGUCAUCCAGGAUGUUGUUACACGCUGGAACUCGACGUAUGAAAUGUUUCAAUGUAUUCAUGAUCUUAAAGUUCCUCUUUCUUCAGUAUUGGUAGAGUGUAAUUAUAAUGUUUACUUGACCAAUGAAGACUGGUACAUAAUUUCUAAGUCUUGUGAGAUUUUAAAAUAUUUUAAAGAAAUUACAUUAGAAAUAAGUAGCGAAAAAUCUGUUUCUAUAUCUAAGUCAGUUGUAUUUAGUCGAGCACUUCUUAAACAUUGCACUUACUUAGAUACACAGUUUUAUGAUUCACAACAAUUAACUGGUAUGAUAUCCAAAUUGAAACAACAAGUAGAACAAAGAUUUGGGCCACUUGAAAAAAUACAACUUUAUGCGGAGGCUACAAUACUCGAUCCAAGAUUCAAAAAAUAA